GCCGUCUACGCAGAUAAGUAUGCUCAAAAUUAAAUCAAAGCAAGUACAAACAAGUUAAUUGUACAUGUACAACAAGUUCGGAAAGCGUGAUUGCUGGUGUGUAGUGUACGGGAAGCUUGUGCAAGGUCACUCAGAUUGAAACUGUGCAACGCUCUAUUAGGUCAAGUGUGACGUACUUAGGUAUGUAUGAACAUACCUAUGUGCGUACAUACGUAUGUAUGUACAUGUGGAACUCACCCGAAAUAAAAAACGCGAAUCUGGACGUAAAUAGUGUACCACAAUCCCAUUAAAUAAAGCUACAUAUGUAUAUCUUGCCAAAGAUUUUACACCAUCGGGAUACGGUACUCUUUAAAGGUCUAUCGCAAGUACGAAAUAAUUAAAAAGCUUGUCAUGUCAUGGGAGAGCAUUGCGUCCAAGGAUCUGCUUAGCAUUCCUCCAAGCCAAAAUCUAUCCGCGACUCACCUUCUAGCGUCACCCGAUGGAUCGCGAUACUUGUUGGAAAACUCAAAUGAUUUAUGCCAAUUAGAUGAGAGCUAUUCGAGAGUUGCGGGCUAUGGGUCAAGUCCAGAUGCAGGUUCGCGUUCUCUCUGGACUGGCCAAGGACUAUUACGUUCUGGUUCUGUAAUCAGCUGUUUUUUGGCCUGCCAACGAAGUCUUAGACAGUAUAUUGCAAAACGAAAGAUUGAACGAGGUCUUCGGCUUUAUGAGCAGAAUAAUCAAACAGCAGCAGUCCGCACCUGGCGUAGUGCAUUGAAAGGCACGUGUCGUCGCGAGGACUGCUUCCAGCUACUGGGUUAUUUGUAUCAGGCACAUAUGGAUUGGGGAAAGUUUCGUGAAGCUAUUGAGUUCGGUCAUCAACAGCUUGGCAUAUCAGAGGAACUCGAUUCACCCAACAUGCGGGCAGAGACGUAUCUAAACCUCAGUCGGGCACAUGCUAGUCUAGGUGGUCUGGAGCGAGCUUUAAGCUACGCCCGCCACUCACUCUACAACGAAUGCGGAACGAAAUGCCGUAGUGGACUCGUCCACUUGACAGUGGCACGAGUGUAUCUCGAAAUGGGCGGGUUCUCCAGAGCAUUGGAGGGCCUGCAGGGGGCACACAAGAUAGCCACAGCCAUUGGCGAUCCUUCGCUGGAGCUGCAAGUGUACGUGGCACUCUCCGAACUUUUCGGCCGACUGCAGGAUAACGACAAAAGUGCCACCUACGCAUCCAAAGCCUACGAUUUGUCUCGCUCCUUACAACUGGGUGACCUUAAUUCGUGUCAUCAUAGAGCCGCAUUGCUGCGCAUGGCAGCCUCCUUGCGAAAGCAGGGCGAGCUGGGGGAUGCGCAGGACUACUGUAAGGAGGCAACUAAACUCUCGCUCAUAUCCGGAGAUCAGGCCACAUACACUAGAAGUAUCCGCGUUAUGGGGGACAUAUACCGGAAAAAAAUGGACAUUGAUCGGGCUUUCCGACAAUAUGAGCAGGCAAUGGGCACAUCGGCAAGUCUAGGGGAUCGCAUGGCUCAAAUGGAGGCUAUGGAUGGGGCUGCCCGGUGCCUGGAGACUCUACGUCUUCAGAACAAGAUUUGCAACUGCAGGCCUUUGGAAUUUAACACACGUCUACUGGAGGUUGCCAGCUCAAUUGGUGCCAAGCUUCUGGUGCGCAAGAUUCGUUGUCGACUGGCUUUAAUAUACCGUGCGUUGGGCGACGAGGAUCAGUAUAACACUCACUUCCGUCUCGCAAAUCAGACAGAUGCUGCACUAGGCUUGAACUGUGGUGCUUGUGGGGAACUAUUCGGCCUACAGCCGGGAAACCUAGAAGCUCUACCCUGUGCACACAUUCUCCAUGCUAGAUGCGCUCACGAAAUAAUGCGACGGCGCGACAAGAACGGACCAGCAAGAUCGUGUCCAGCCUGCAACAAGUUGUUAAACUCUCGCCUGCACCUUUGCGGUGGCGGCUCUGUACCCGUGGUGGGCGAGAAUGAAAGCAUUGAUGGGGGUAGCGCCAUUACGGUCACACUGAAUGCUAAUGCGCUUUCUGUCGAUGGACUCUUGGCGAUGAAAUCCGAAGCUCUGUCAUCGCAAUCGCGUUCAGUCAAUGGGUCUUCUGUAUUUUGCAAUAUCAACAAAACGAUGCCAGGCGUUAGUAUUCAGAAUGCGACGCUUCUGUCUCCGAAGGCUUUGUAUCACAGCAAUCUCUCAUUGGCCUCCUUGCGCGCAUCCAGUUUGACCAUCGAUAGCGAAAGAAAUGCCACAUCGUCUGUAUAAUUGACCCCCUUACACAUCGAAGAACAGGUGGAACAUCAUUGCUCUUCGAAUCGGCAGCGUAGCGGUGCGAGUAUUUAAAAUACAAUUUAGCACUGGAGAGAGGGGAUUUGAUUGAUUAAAGACGUAGAUAGCCAAAUAAUACAUCCAUACACAUGGAUGUAUGUAUGCAUGUAUGUAUGUGCUCAUUGAAAGUUGCAUUCUAAAUGCAUACAAAAGUUAACAGAAAAUGCACUUUCCAAUCUAUGCUUCUCAUAAGCACAAUAAAUAGGAACUGAUAGGCAUUUGAUCGUACGGCUUAAGCUUAAUUCAUUACUAAAUGAACAACUACUUAGAGUACCUUAACCAAACCAUCAAAUAAACAAAUCAGUCAGGUGCAUUGUUCAAGUUUUAAAAUUAUAUAUGUAUGUAUAUUCUUCAUAUA